CAACAAGAGUAUACAAAAAAGAAAAAACAAAAUAAACAAACAAACAAACCUGCUAUGGCUGCGGCUAACUUCAUUGCUCUGGCAGUGCACAUGAUUUGGCUGCUUCUUAGCAAACCAUGCAAUGCUGUAGAGCCUAAAACUUCACGAGCUUUUCCUGCGAUUUUCAUAUUUGGUGAUUCCACAGUUGAUACCGGUAAUAACAACUACAUCCUCACCUUGUUCAAAGCCAAUUACAAACCAUAUGGCAGAGAUUUCCCUGGCCAGAUUCCCACAGGAAGGUUCUCCAAUGGAAAACUCGUUCCUGAUAUUCUGGCAUCCUUAUUAGGGAUAAAGGAACUAGUUCCUGCAUUUCUAGAUCCCAAGCUAUCUGAUGAUGACCUGAGAACCGGUGUUAGUUUUGGGUCAGCAGGGUCUGGUUAUGAUGAUCUUACUACUACUAUAUCCGGUGUCAUUCCAGUGCUAAAGCAGAUUGAUCUUUUUGAGAAUUACAUUCAAAGACUAGAAAGAAUUGUGGGUGAAGAGGAGGCUAAAACGAUUCUCAGUGGUGGUUUGACUGUUGUAAGUGCAGGAACUAAUGAUUUCCUUUUUAAUUUCUAUGACAUUCCUAGAAGGUCAUUGGAGUACGACAUCAGUGGUUACCAAGCCUUUGUGCAUGGCAGGCUACAAAGUUUUAUCAAGGGAUUGUAUCAGCUUGGAUGUCGCAACAUGCUUGUAGCAGGGCUUCCUCCAAUUGGUUGCCUGCCUAUUCAAGAGACUUUAGCAUUCCAGGAUCCUAAAAAUCGAAAAUGUGUGGAACAUCAAAACUCAGAUUCCCAAAAUUACAAUCACAAGCUCACCAAGUUACUGCACGAUUUACAAGAACUACUUCCUGGAAGCACAAUUCACUACGUUGACAUUUACAAUCCAGUGAUCGACAUAAUUAAGCAUCCACAAAAAUACGGUUUCGUACAAACUACAAAAGGGUGCUGUGGUACCGGUUUGGCGGAAUCAGGACCCCUGUGUAAUCCAAAGACACCAACGUGUGAGGAGCCUAAGAAAUACUUGUUUUGGGAUAGUGUUCAUCCUACUGAAUCAACCUACUACUUCGUUUCCAACUCCAUUCUCAAGCAACUCGGCUCCUAUCUGAUUCAGAAUCGAUCUUCUCCCUAAGCCGUCUACGUAAAUAGUCUAAACAUUCCCCAUUGGGGCAUCGGACAGUAGAAAUUGAAACAUGUUGUUUGAGAUUUCCUAGUUCUUGUGAAAAUAAUAUUGUUCUCGAUUCAUAAGCAGUACAAAAUCAAUGAAAAUUUGUAAAAAGAACAGUUCGAGAUCCCUUAUGGUGAAGUAAAUGGAGAAUUCUUCGACGAAACGAGAUGAUCGAUUGCGAUUGCAAAGUUUCCUCAGCUCCGUCGCCCUCCAAUUUUGCCGAUAAGAGAUCAUCCAUUAUUCGUUUCUGUUGUGAUGAAACCAAAAAUACAUGUGGGAGAAUCGAGAGUAAGUUCACUUACAACAUUAGUA